AUGUCACUCUCCAUCGACGAGCCGACCAACAGCCGGCUAUUCGUGGCUGAGUUCCUCCGCAGCGUGUUUGAACAGUUCGGGAACGUGCAGUUCACCAAAUACCUCAGGGAAAAGGGCGUGGCCUACGUCAAGUAUGACAGGGCCUCCUCAGCUGCACUGGCGAUAGAAAACCUGCAUGAGGUGACGCUGAACGAUGGGGAGGGGCCUCGGCUCAAGGUGCUGCUUGCAGACUCGCCCCACACCAGGACGCUGACUGCGCUGCAGCCACGGCAGGCGCUUGAUGAGCUGCCGUCAGACCCAGACAAUACUCCGCCACGCUCUCGCCUCUUCAUGGUAGUCCCCAAGAGCGCAGAGGGCACUAUCAUAGAGGCCGAGAUGGCUCGGUUUGCGGGCCUGCAGUACUGCAAAACUGACCUCAUCGCCACCAAGGGCAUCGUGUUUGUCAAGUACAGCAAGUCCUCCUCUGCCUGCCUUGCCAUGGAGACGGUGCAGGAAACAGGCAUGGUUGCUGGCUACAAGGUGAAGGUGAUGCUUGCAGAGCCCAAGACUCGGCGUGGUAGCGCUGCCGAUGCCGGCUAUCCUCUAGGACUGGCGCCACGUGGUGGCGCGCCACUGCCGCAGGGCCUGCUGGCGGGCAUGGGAAUGCCUUCUCCCUAUGCUGCCGCCGCCGCCAACGCAUCGCUGCUGUCCUCUCUCAACCCCAGCAUCAUGAACCAGGGGCUUGGGCUCCCCGAAUAUGCGCUUUUGCAAGGCACAGCGGGAGCCACCGGCGGCAGCGGCUUCCAGGCGCCUGGUGCUGCGGCCGCUGCUGCAGCCGCUGUGGGGCUUCACGGCGUGACUAGCUUUAGCGGCAUGAGCAGCCUGAGCGGCGGCAGCAGCAGCAACCUGUUGACGCCGAUGGGCCCAGGCGCCUCGAAGUCGCUCAGCAAAACGCGCCUCUUUGUGGUGGUGCACAAGAGCGUGGGCGAUGAAGCCCUGUCCCGUAUUUUCCGUGCCUUCCCUGGCAUGGAGUAUUGCGAUCUGAAGAAGGAUCGGCUGUCCGGGCGCUCUAAGGGGUACUGUUACGUGUCGUAUGCUGCUCCCGAGUCGGCGGCGGCGGCCCAGGCACAGCUGAACGGUGUUGAGUUCCCGCCUGGGUCGGGCUACAAGCUGAAGGUCAUGUUUGCAGAGCCGUUGGGCGCCCGUCCCAUGCGGUGCCCUGGAGACAGCCUGCUGCCCGCCGAUGCUGAUGCUGCCAGCGCCAGCAGCGGUGGCUACCUUUCAGCCGGCCCCACCGCUGCUGCCGCAACCUCUGAAGAGAAUGUGGCAGCGGCAGCAGCGGCGGCAGUGGCGGCGGGCAUGCACCACAGCUAUCUUGCGGCGUCGCCGCAGGAAGGCGCCUGCAGCACCAGCAUGCAGCUGCACACGCCAAUGACAGGUGAGUCUACAGCAGGCAUGCUGCAGAGCAGCAGCUACACCGUGUCUGGCGAGCCAUCCCCCAUCUCCCGCAGCGGUGGUGGCGGCGCCAUGCACGCUGCUGGCGGCGCCGGCGGCGCGCCCUCGGCCCAUUCCUCACCGCUGCGCCCGAGUAUGGGCGGCCUGCUGGACGGCUCAGACCUGGCUGCGGUGCAGAGCGGCCUGGCAAACAUGGCGUUGCAGGAGAAUGGGCUGCAUUCUCCUGCCUCUGGCACCACAGCCAUGUCAGGCCCCACAAUCAGCGAUGGAGCCACAAGCUCCUGGAGGGCGCUCUCGCCCGACCACCUGCAGCAGCAGCAACAACAGGCGGCAGCCGAGGCGGCAGCUGUCAUGCAGCAGCACCAGCAACGCCCUGGCUCAGCCUCCAUGUCUCCGCUGCAGCAUGCCGCGGUGGCAGCGGCACAGCAGGCCAGCAGCGCCUUGGGGUCUGCUGGCGUCAGCCCCAUCAAGUCGCUGGGCUUGCAGCACGAUGAAACCGUGGUGUACAGCGCGCUCAGCAGGCCGCUGCCAGACUAUGCGCUCACCCAUGUGUUUUCGCAAGUCGGCCCAGUGGAGUUUGUGCGUGUGCUGGCAGAUGAGCGGGUGGCCAUGGUCAAGUAUGUGAGCAGCGAAGGUGCCCGCCUGGCCGUAGGCAACCUCAAUGGCACAGAGGUGCUGGGCGAGGUGCUGCACGUCCGCCACUCACCCCCCCUGCCGCUGCAUGUGCGCAUGACGCCGUGA